AUGGCAGACAACCUUAUGCAGGUGUACUGGGAUUAUGUCUUUCCAUUAUACCCCUUUCUGAUCCCCAACGAAACGAAGGAAGAGUAUCAAAAGAUUUGGAGGGGUGAUAGUCCCGAGGAUGAUGAAAACAUGCUAAUGUGCACUCUAAAUGUUGUUUUCGCUCUGGCCAGUCAGUUGGCUGAUUUCGUCCCUCCGACAGAGCGAGAAACAUCGGCAGAUGUUUUCUUCUCCCGGGCUAAGGGCCUAUUUCAAUUUAACUUGUGGGACACUGGAUCCACGGGUAUGAUCCAAUGCUUGCUGCUUAUGGCUCAAUAUUUGCAAAGCACUGAUUCUGCACACCAAUGCUGGAUUGUCACUGGGCUUGCGAUUCGCAACGCGCAAAGCUUAGGACUGCAUCUUCCUCAAACUAUUAACCGCCUCAAAACCUUUCGAGAACGGCAAUUGGCGCGCAAAAUAUGGCACGGGUGUAUUUUGAUGGAUAGGGUCAUAUCUAUGACAUUUGGCCGUCCUGCCAUGAUCUCGAAGACCUCCAGUGGUGCAGUCCCUCUUCCAGCUGCCGUGGAUGAAGAAUACAUCCCCCCUGGAUCAAAUGUGGAAGUAUCCCAGCCAUCGAACCUCCCCUCCCUCAUGACAUUCUUUGGAAAGACACUGGAGCUUUACGAGAUCAUGAAUGACGUUUUAUUAAGUCUUUAUAAGCCUUUGACAGAUGAAGGCUCAGAUGAUAUACAUGAUUUCUAUUUCAACAACCUUGCCAGUGAAAGUGAUAGAACCAUCUUCGAGCUCGAUCGUUCUCUAAUGCGAUGGACAAGAAGCCUUCCUCCUCAUUUGUGUCGAGGUUCCUCUUUACAUCCCGAAAAUCCCAUUUUCUGCCGCCAAAGCAUUGUCUUACGCGCAAGGUUUUUACACGUUCGUAUGUUGCUUUUUCGACCGACUUUGUCCAAAUAUUGUGCCGUCCGAGACAGCUCAUCGCCCGAUCCGUUGAUAUCAAUGGACGACUCGCUCCCCCACCGUGUCGCGCUUCAGUGCUCUAUAAUAUGUGUCAAGGCCGCACAGGAAUCAAUCAAGCUGAUCUACAAUAACGUUCCUGUAGAUGGAACCGGUGGCCCGCUUCCAGCCUGGUGGUACAACAUUCUCUAUGUUUAUACAUCUGCUACAGUCUUAAUUGCUGCUCGCCUGUGCUCUUCUAUUGUUGCUGAAGUGACAGAAGAUUCUGUUACACGGUCCUGGAACUGUGCACUUGAAAUUCUACGCAAGUAUGAAGAAUAUAGCACGUCUGCUCGACGCUGUGUUGCUGCUCUUGAGAUUCUCUAUGAACAAGUUGUGUCCGAGGGACUGCAACCUGCCAGCCAAACACCUCGUCCAGAAUUAUCGAUUGACUCGGCGACUACAUUGCAUGAGAUGUCAUUUGGAGAAGGCAUGAAUGCAGCCUUCUUGGACAGCUUUGAGCCUCCUGACCUCCAAGAUAUGUCUUGGUUGAACAGCGUCCCGAGUAAUCUUUUUUAG